AUGACCACUUCCAUUAACAAUCGGCCUUUGCUGGAGGAGAGCGAAACUAGUGAAAAUGAAGAAGACUUCCUGGACAACAGCUACACCGACACCCCCGGCACCAGCAAGAACACCGUGAGGACGGACUCCCAAGCGGAAUUGGUGCGAUUCUCCCAGAGUGUUCCCGCCGACAAAUUCAACUUCAGCUACAUCAUCUUCUACCUUCUCGGAGUGACGACUGUCUUGCCUUGGAAUUUCUUCCUGACGGCCGAAGAGUACUGGAUAUUCAAAUUUCACAAUGUAACCGACAAUAGUACAACUGUUUUAACUCCAAUCCAACGAACUAUUACUUCUGAUCUCACAGUUGCGGGAUCCAUUCCCGGAACUGCGUUCCUCAUAAUAAAUGCUCUGGUUAGCCAUUUAAUUCCACUUAAGCUUCGAAUGAUUGGGUCCAUGGUUAUGAUGUUGUUAUUUUUCAUCGUAACAACGGCAUUUGUAGAAGUAGAAACAGAUAGCUGGCAAUAUGGAUUCUAUAUAUUGACUCUAACUAUAGCCGUUUUCAUCAAUAGUGCUGCAGCUACUCUGACUGGUGCUCUAAUGGGUUUAGCUGGUCUAUUUCCGUCCGAAUAUAUGACCGCCGUAGUCAGUGGUCAAGCACUUAGUGGUAUAUUUUCAGCACUCUCCGAUAUUAUUUCACUUACUUUUGGGGCCCCUCCAAAAACUACUGCAUUUGUAUACUUCUCUAUCGGAACUCUGACAGUCAUCAUAUCAUUGGCCUGUUAUGUAAUAAUGUCGAAGACACUGUUUUUCCGGUUUUAUCAGAAUCAAGCUCAUAAACAAAUCGGGUCUUCAACGAGCCUGCAAGACGUGAAUGAUACCUUACAGCCAAAUUACAGAGAAGUGAUCGGAAAAAUUUACUUAUAUGCAUUUUCCUUAUUCUACGUUUUUGCUGUGACAUUGUGUGUCUAUCCAGCAGUUACGGUAUUGGUACAAUCAACAAAUCAUGGACAAGGGCAUCCAUGGAAUGAUGUGUACUUCACGCCAGUAGUAAAUUAUUUGCUCUUUAAUUCGGGCGAUUAUUUAGGGAGAAUCCUGGCUGGAAUAAUAGAGAAGCCGAGGAACAAACCGCAUUUGAUAGUGUUAAUAACUACCAUUCGCACUGCCUUCAUACCAAUUCUUAUGAUGGGAUAUUCAACGCUCCAUAAAUUUUUACCAAUUGUUAUCCACUCAGAUUAUGUAUUUAUUCUGAUAUUAGCUGCAUUUGCUGUUUCCAAUGGAUACAUAACGAAUAUAUCUUUGAUAAUGGCUCCCAAGAUGGUAAUGCAACACGAAAAAGAAAUGGCAUCCUCUAUGAUGGCGGCUUGUCUUGGUCUGGGAAUUGCUGCUGGAUCGCUUGGAAGUAUGGCUUUAGUUGGGCUGUUUUAAUGUGCAAUAUAAACAUAAAUCACUUUGUGAUUUCAAUCCGUCUGUUAUUUGUAACUUGUGCGACCAAUGACAUCGAGUUCAGUUGUUUGUGAUAAUUUAUUUUUUAAAAUAUGUUUUAUGAACAUAUUUUAUCUGCAGUACACUGGAUUGUAAUGUAUCGAGCUUUUACUCAGCUUAAUUAGCAAAUUUUUUAAAUUUUAAUUUUAAUUGUUGACUUGUAUUUUGAUAAGUAAUUUUAAAUGAAACAUAAUGUGACUACGAUAACUAUGAAACAAUGGAUCAAUAUAAUAUAGGAAAAUCUGUAUAAAUGUGUCCUGAUGUAAGUGUCUUAAAUGUAGAACAAUAAAGAAUGCAUACAUGACAUAA